UGCAGGUUUAUGGCGUCGAGCUUGGCGCACUUGGCGGAGAACCUCACCUCCGCGAACUUUGAUAAGUUUCGCGAAGUCACGAAAGUGUUCGCCCCGUCGGAGAUGGAGUUGGUCACGCGGAAAGGCGUAUAUCCGUAUGAAUAUACAGAUUCGUGGGAUAAAUUGGACGCUACGUCGCUACCGGAUAAGUUCCAAUUCUACAGCGCGUUGACGGAAACGCACGUGAGCGACGAGGAUUAUAGUCACGCGACCAGGGUCUGGAAUCAUUUCGGCUGCACCUCACUCGGCGCUUAUAGUGAUUUAUACCUUAAAGUCGACGUGUUGUUAAGCGCCGACGUGUUCGAGAAUUUCAGGGAUAUAUGCAUGACCACGUAUCACUUGGACCCUGCUCAAUACUACACGUUGCCUGGAUUCAGUUUUGACUGCAUGUUAAAGUUCACGAAAGUUCAACUUCAACUUUUAACUGAUUUCGAGAAAGUUUUGUUUUGGGAGUCUGGUACACGCGGUGGUCUGGUGCAGGCGAGCAAGCGCCACGCGCGCGCCAACAAUCUCGAGACGCCUGGAUACAAUGCCGACGAACCUAAAACGUCGCUCAUAUACUUAGAUGCAAAUAAUUUGUAUGGUUUUGGGAUGUGCAAAUAUAUGCCGAUUAGCGAUUUUUCGUGGUACCCGGGGAACCCGGAAGUUGCACUUGACCAGCUACAGUGGAUGCGCGAGACGGACGAUGUGGGUAGAAUUUACGAAGUCGACAUCUCGUAUCCUCAACACCUACAAGACGCCCACAACGAUAUGCCGUUACUACCGCACGUUAGCAUACCACGCGGAUCCACUGUGCGAAAGUUGAUGGUGACAUUUCUGCGAAAAGAACACUACGUAGUUCAUUAUAUGAAUUUACAACAAGCCAUGGCCCACGGCGUCGUAGUAGAAAAAACGCAUCGAGUAUUGGAAUUCCGACAAUCCCCAUGGCUGGCCCCAUACAUAAAUCUAAACACGGAAUUACGUAAGCGGGCGACCAACAAAUUCGAAGAAAAGUUUUUUAAAGAUUUAAACAAUUAGGUGUUCGGGAAAACUAUGGAGAACAUGUGUCGCCGAUUCGACUUAGAACUGGUUUCGUGUCCGCAAAGAAUGCGGAAACUCAUAAAUCGACCGACGUUCAAAUAUUGUACGACUUACAAUGAAAAUCUCUCGGUGGUCACCCAACACGGCAAAGAAGUGGAUUUCUGCAAUCCUAUCUACAUAGGAUUUACCGUACUAGAACUUAGUAAAGUUUUAAUGUACGGAUUUCAUUAUGACGUCAUGAAGCGUCAUUAUGGAAAUAGGAUUAAAUUGUUGUAUACCGAUACCGAUUCACUAUUCUACCGUGUGACAACAAAUAAUUUUUACGACGACCUUAUCACCAAUCCUAAUCUCAUGCGUUUUAUGGAUACAUCCAAUUUGCCGGGCGAUCACAAGUGUUAUACAGCCGUUCGGAAACGUGUCCCAGGUCUUUUUAAAUUCGAAUGCGGUUUAAGUACAGUCUAUGAGUUUGUAGCUCUGCGUGCUAAAUCCUAUGCCUACGACGUGGAACAGGACGUCAGCAUUCGCGCGAAAGGUGUUAUGAGACAAGUGAUUCGUAAUCACCUCACGCUCGCCGAACACAAGCGAUGCUUAUUCGCCGACGUGGACGACGAGGCGGGAUCCGACGAGUCCGAAGACGAAUUAGACUCUGACACGGGGAAAAUGAUCGCAGCCGAGUCCGCGCUGAAAACUGUCACCUAAAUACACCGGAUCGCCUCCUGCACGUCUGCCACGUCUCCGCCGUCACCACUCGCGCAUCCAUCGCUUUGCUAUAGCAACACGCCUUUCACGCCGUAUAGAGAAAAUGUCUCUAUACGGUCGUUUAAACACGAAGUGAGGACUAUUAGGACUAUGAAGCUCGUCUUAAACAGGGCCGACGAUAAGCGAAUCGUGUUACCGGAUAAUAUCGCGGCUCUGGCGCACGGCCAUUAUCUAGCGAAUUAAUUAAUUAUUAUUAUUGUUGUUAUUAUUUUUAUUAUUGUUAAAUUAUCACAUAUUUAUUAUAUAU